AUGAAGAUAUCGUUGACGGCGAUUGCGGUCUCGCUUCUCCUCGCUCAAGCCAGGGCGAAGACCGUAUACUUUCCCCCUGCCAUGCAUGAUGGCAGCAUUACCAUCGAAGAGUUAUCUACGCCUGGCAACCUCGACGGCUUCAAGAUGAGCACCUCCGCCAAUUCGUCAUCUUAUGACUACUGGUGGUUUGACGCGGUGUCCAACUCAGACGACGCGGCUCUCAACAUUGUGUUCUACAACGCUGGCGACAUCGGAAACCCGCAGCCGCUGGCAGUCGAGAUUUCGGGCACUUUCGGAAAUGGCACCCGAUUCUUCAAUCAGGUCUUGGCUCCGGACGGCGCCGUCAUCAGCAACGGGCCGGAAGGGAUUUCAGGGCAAUGGAAAGGCACCGGGGCAAGCUUCCGUGGGACGAACUUGGAGAAGCCCAACGUUGAAUACGAGAUCACCUUUGAUUCGCCGGAGCUUGGAGUAUACGGGACUCUGAAGCUAAACUCGCGCGCGCCGGCCCACUACCCCUGCGAUCCCAACGUCCCCGGAGUCACGCAGCUUCACCUACCGCGCUUCUUCUGGUCGAACGCCGUCCCCGACGCCGACGUCGUCGCCAACUUGAACAUCAACGGCACGAAGGUGGUAUUUGAGGGCAUCGGGUACCACGACAAGAACUGGGGUGACAAGACGAUCCUCCAGAGCCCCAAGUUCUGGGACUGGGGCCACACGAGAUUUGGCCCCUAUUCCGUCGUAUGGUAUGACCUCCUCGACCGGAACGACACGGAGUAUCAUCGGAGCUAUGUUGCCAAGGACGGAAAGAUUGUCAGCAUCAGCUGCGACGAGGGGGCGGUCGUCACGCGGCCUUGGGGCACAAACGUCACUUGGCCGCCGACAGGAGGACUGAACUCGGUCGCGGGCGUCGUUUCUCGAUUUGAUCUUGGCAACGAGACGCUCUUGGUCAACGUCACGAAGGAGAGGGUUACUUAUGACCGUGAGGUGUAUACGCGGGCAACAGGCUCUGUCAAAGGUGGUAUUGAGGGCAGUGAGCAGACUUGGGAGGGGAGAGCCUUCUUUGAUGAGUUUACGUAUGGACUCGUGUUUGGCUGA